AUGCUAGCGUUUGCCAUUGUCACAUCGGAAAAGGAACACAAAGCAGACUGGUCCUCGCUCAUUGGUAUCGUCACGGCAAUUGUUGGGAACAUCCUCAUUUCUUUUGCGUUAAAUAUUCAACGCUACGCGCAUAUCCGCCUGGAUCGGGAAUUCAACGAGAAGAAGUAUGGCACCGAACUAGGAAAGCAGAGCUCUGGGCAAACAACAGUCUAUGGAACUCAACAGGAGGACAUUGCCGAGCAUCGGGCUGACGUGAAUGCGCAUGCCCAAGGACUGGGUGAACCCGCCGACGACCGUGUUGCCCACGGUCCGGACAGUAGCGACGAUGACGACGACGACACGAAAGACUUGCGGCGUUCUUUCCAGUCUGGUGCAACCCUUCAGUCCACCGGCGACGACGAAGAGCGCCGCGAGUCGUACCUGAAAUCACCAAUCUGGUGGCUUGGUAUUGUUCUCAUGACUGUUGGAGAGACUGGCAAUUUCCUCGCGUAUGGCUUCGCCCCUGCGUCGAUUGUUAGUCCGCUCGGUGUCGUUGCCUUGAUCUCCAAUUGUUUGAUUGCCCCACUGAUGCUGAAAGAGCGCUUUCGAAAACGCGAUUUCGCGGGCGUGGUCAUUGCGAUUGGUGGUGCUGUGACCGUGGUACUGUCAGCCACCCAAAGUGAGACCAAGAUAGGACCUGGCGCACUCUGGAGGAACUAUAUCCAGCGGUGGGAAUUCCUUGUUUAUGUCAUCAUUACUGUCAUUGGUAUCGUCGCCCUCACCGCUGCUAGUCCUCGCUAUGGCACGCGCACUAUCCUGGUUGACCUUGGUCUCGUUGGGCUUUACGGUGGCUACACUGCUCUAUCCACCAAGGGCGUGGCAUCACUUCUCUCAACCUCGUUGUACAAGGCAUUCACAUAUCCGAUAUUCUACCCUCUCGUCCUCAUCCUUGUCGGAUCUGCUAUUAUGCAGAUUCGUUAUCUGAACAAGGCUCUGCAGAACUUUGACUCGACUCAGGUCAUUCCCACACAGUUUGUCAUGUUUACACUGUCGGUCAUCAUCGGCUCCGCGGUGCUGUACAGAGACUUUGAGUCUUUCACUCUGCAACAGGCCAUCAAAUUCGUUGCUGGAUGUCUUUUGACCUUUUUCGGCGUCUAUUUAAUUACAAGUCAACGAGAUAUACAAGAGGGCGCAGAGAAGGACGAUUACAACCAAGCAACCGAGGACGAGACCAUUCGUCUUCUCAACGAGGAGGACCAGGAAGCGGACGAGCGGACACCUUUGGCUCGCAAGAGGACGCCCCAACCUCAGCCGCUGUCCUCAUUGCAAACGCCUCCCAUGCUUCCUUCUCCCGAAUCGUCCUACGUGCCAUCGAUUGCCGUCACGCCUGCGGAUGAUUCACCCAGUCCGUGGAACCAGUCAAUCUCUGACCUCUCCACCCCAAGCAAGCCGAAUUCACGACCCAAAACCCCAUUACGAAGUCAAUCGGAUCAAGUAAUGCACGAGGACAGUACACCAUUUUUCACGCCGUCUACCUCUCAACCAUUGCGGCGGACGCCUUCGGCUCAUGCCGAUAUCGCAACGCCUACACGCAGUCGUCGUUCAACUCGAGCUGUCAGCCCGCCAAAGGCAGAUCCUGAAGCACUAGCUGCAGCGGCCGACGCGGCGCCGCCGUCGACCAAGCGAAAAACGGCAAGAGACAGUAUUCUCAGUCUCGUCCCAGGUCCGUUGCUACCCCCUCUCUCGUCCUCGCUCUCGGGCAUAGUCGCAGAAUCCUUGCUCAGAGGCGAAGGCGCGCCUCUAGCGGUCAGAAAUCGUCUCCGAAGGCACCGGUCCGCGAGGCACGGGACGAUGGAUGAAUCGCAGUUUCGGAGAAGAAGUGAAGUGCUGCCUGACGAGGAGAACGGAUUUGGGUCUAUGCUUAAGAGGCACGCGACCAACGUGGAAGCUAGGUACUCUAGCCCUGAUGUUAGUUCUCAGCUGGACGAUGGAGCCAGUCUGAAAACCAAAAGGAGCAGACUUCGCAGCCUGAGUGAGACGUUUGGAGGCUUACUCGGCUCGAAAGACAAAGAGAGGCGGAAAGGCAAGGGAAGGGAUGAUGAAGGCGGCGGUGCCGGCAAUGGGGCUGCAAGAGUUUGA